CGCGGCCCACAGGUCAGCCUCACCGACAGAAACGACCUCUUCCCGGCUCGUGUCUUCCCCUCCUGUCCUCUCCGCCAUUUUUGCCAAGAAAAUAAAGCAAUCAAUCAAAAACGAAAAAGGUGGCGAGAGGGAGAGGGAGAGGGAAAGGAAGGUGCCGGCCCUAGCAAUGGCGGGGUGGUACGAGGAGGCGGCGGGUCUGCUGCUGCGCCGGCCGGCGUUGGCGGAGAUGGCGGUAGACGUGCUGCUGUGCGCCGUGCCGAUCUGGGCGGCGGUCAUGAUCGGUCUCUUCAUAGGGUGGGCAUGGCGGCCGCGCUGGACCGGGCUGAUCUUCCUCGGUUUCCGCAGCCGUCUCCGGCUCCUCUACGUGCCUCCCGGGCUCGGCGCGCGCCGCCUAUGGCUCGCCUGCACCGCGCUCUCCGCCUUCUCCAUCGCGCCGCAGCUGCUCUCCUCCGCCUUCCGCCGCCAUGGGAAGUACCAGCGCAAGGAUCCCUCGAACGACGACACGGACGCCUGCGGGGACGCUGGCGCUUGCGCUAACGGCAGGUCAAUUUUUGAGGGCAAGCAUGAUAUUGUCACUGAGAAGGACCUAGAUCACCUCGUGCAGCUUUUAGAUAAUAAAGAGAGUGGGCAUACAACAUGGCAGCAUUUGAUGGAGCGUACCACUUCCAACAUGACGUACAAGGCCUGGAGGCAUGAGCCCGAGGUGGGACCUAUAAUGCAUUGUAGCCAGACCAUUUUCGAGGAUGCUACUCCUGAACUGGUUAGAGAUUUCUUCUGGGAUGAUGAUUUUCGUCUAAAGUGGGAUCCCAUGCUUGUGUGUUUCAAAAUUUUGGAUGAGUUCCCUCAGAAUGGAACCACAAUUAUUCACUGGAUUAAAAAGUUCCCUUUCUUCUGCAGUGACCGUGAAUACAUUUUUGGGCGGCGUAUCUGGGAGUCGGGGAAGGCUUACUAUUGUGUUACGAAGGGAAUUCCUUAUCCAUCUUUGCCCAAGAAGGAAAAACCGAGGCGUGUGGAAUUGUACUUCUCGAGUUGGCGUAUUAGACCUGUUCAAUCGCCCAAAAAAGACGGCCAGCAACCCAUGGCAUGUGAAGUAACUCUGUUUCACUACGAGGAUAUGGGCAUACCCAAGGAUGUUGCUAAAGUUGGUGUCCGGCACGGCAUGUGGGGUGCUGUUAAAAAGCUGCAGUCCGGCUUUAGAGCAUAUCAGCUAAUGAGAAAAUCAGAAAACAUCCUGUCACGCAGUGCCAUCAUGGCUCGUGUGACCACCAAGACAUGCAUUGCUAGUUCUGAUGGCUCCUUGGAUCAAGGGCCCUUCAGCACAGAACAAGCCAGUACAGAGGACGACAACUCUAGGUCAGUCCAACAUGGUUUUGACUGGAAGUGGGUGGUGGUCGGUGGCGCGGUGGCUGCCGUCUGCGUGCUUAACACCGGAAUUGUAGGGAAGGCCCUCUUACUUGGAGCUGCAAGAAAGCAGGCAAAGAAGUGAUGAGCAUCUACCAGCAUCCACAAAGUGAGCUUCACGGCCAUCAGGGCCUGUCUCUGUCUAGAAAGUCGCAAUCGAGACCGAGGAUAAAGGAAUGAAAUAUCAUACUACAGGAUGCAGAUAAUUCGGGUGCCUAAUUUUGGAUGUGCCUUUUAAGCAGUAUCGCAGAUGUGUCUUGCCAUAACCGAUUAUGUGGUAUCAGGAAUCGUUAGAUGACGAUGUAUCUGAAGAUAUAUGAGUUCUGUUAACAACAUUUGCUAACUAACAAGUCCCAAGUUUGCACUUUUCAGCUUUGUACGUUCCAUUGGGUUUUUCCCGAUGUUUGCUGACGA